AUGUUUUCUGGACACGAUACAGUGCUUGGUCUUAGGCUACAAUUGCGAGUUGCUAAUAACCACUUUGCAGCCGACAUUCCUGCCUGCGUCAGUGGGGCUUCUUUUGUUGUGGUUCGACUUGAUAAUUCGCUUCCACCUGCUUCGCCUUCACUCGUCCUGUUUACGUUGACAAAGAUGGCUACUUUGUCGUCUCGACAACGAGCAAGUAUCCGCUUUGAAGAGUCUUGCUUUUCUUAUGCGGCCAGUCGUUGUGAUUCACGCGAACCAACAGCAUUUGCAUAUUCCCUCUCGAGCCGACCGGAGCCAGGCUUGCAUGAAAAUCGGCGCAUUAUCGCUUCGUCCUCACCGCUCGUCUUCACAUUCAAUGAGGGUGUCGCCUCGAAUGAGGGUUGCCAGACCCACUGA